CUUUCGGUAACGAGCGUUCCCGAAAAGCAUUGCUAGCCUCAUGCGACAAAACGCCUUCUCGCUCCCGCAUCAGAUUUCGACAUGGAGCCGAGCUUCCCACACUCUUGGCUUGUUCGUCUUUGCGGCUCGAUGCUCCCCUUAGCAAGGAGCAUCCCCAGUCGAAUAUGGAUCUUGGCAAUCUUGUGUCGCCCGCGUCGCAUGGUAUCCCGGAUAUUCCAGCCGUAGUGACUACCGCCGCCGUCGGCGACACCUCCUCAUUCCUCCAGGCUGGAUCCUACCAAGUACCGAAGCUGUACACGAUAACUAUGCCAAAUUCCUGACCUCGCCGUUCGUCAUAUACAACAUAAAACAACACGAGGGACAUUGGACAUCGGAUAGAGGCGUCAGAUGAGAGGGACGAUUUCAAGACUCCAUUCUGCGAGCAAAAACUGUCCUUGCCAACAGGGAUACUGACACGAGUGAGAGGGAAGUGUUGAGGAUUUGUGAUAUCGGUGACAAAAACCCACCCUCUUUGAAUUUUCUUCCUCUACAAGUGCGAGUUGCUGGCGGCAUCGACACAGCAGAGCAAAUUCUCCCUGUCUUUCACAUUGCUGAUACAGAACGCUCCCGAGGAUCAGAAGGGUACGAUUUCCUUGUCUUCAAGCAUCCCUUGGCCGUACUGCUCAGCUCCUUCUGCAGUAGCGGCAAUCGCCUCCUUGCUGG